GCGGGGCGGGGCGGGCGCUGCUCCCGCCCCUCCCCAAGGUGUUGGCGGCGGCGGGGACGCGCUCGCUGCUCGUGCCCGCGCCGCCCCCCCGCCCGCGCUCCCCUCGGCUCUCCCCGGCUGCGGCUGCUCGGCCAUGGCGGAGCUGAGCGCGGAGCGGCUGCGGGCGCUGCCCGGCAGCUGGAGUUACGGGAUCAGCCAGGGCGGCCGCGUCUUCUGUGUCUGUGUCCGUCCCCGCAGCGAGGAGGCGAAGAGCACGACCUGGCUGCACCCGCUCACCGGCGAGGCCGUGAUCACCGGGCACCGCCGCAGCGCAGACUUACCCACAGGUUGGGAGGAAGCAUAUACUUUUGAAGGUGCAAGAUAUUAUGUAAACACCUCCCAGAUGGCUCUGCCCCAAGUGCACACGCUGAAUUUUAUCUUCUGCCAGAUCCUUAUGAGGUCAGUCGAAGGAAAACAAGAACAGCUCCAAGAGGCUCUGACCCUACUUACAAUGAACUUGUGAGUACCAUUCACUUUCUUCCACCCCUUCUUGUUUCAUGGAAUCAUGGAAUGGGUCAGGCUGGAAGGGCCCACAGUGGUCAUCUGGUGCCACCUCCCAGCUCC